AGAGUAUAUUCUACUUCCUUUUGACGCUUGGUCUUGAGGUCUUGCCUGUUCAAAAAGUGAUGUCUUUCUCGAUUGGGGAGUGGUGGCAGAAUUUUAAAGGUUUCAAGCAAGGUGCUGGUUCUAGUUCUACAGAGCCGCUUCUCAAGGAUUCGACUGGAGCCAUUUCCGCUGAUAUGGAGGAUGACAUAGACGUGCAAGAGGAAAGAGACAGGGUGAUUUCAGGGUUGACAGACAACACUAUAUUCUACUUACAAAACCUGAGGAAGGUCUAUCCUGGUUCCAAUCAUCACGUCCCAAAAGUAGCUGUACAGUCUUUGACUUUCUCGGUCCAAGCAGGAGAAUGUUUUGGCUUUUUAGGGACAAAUGGAGCUGGGAAGACUACUACCUUGUCUAUGUUAUCUGGCGAAGAAACACCAACCAGUGGAACUGCCUUUGUCUUUGGCAAAGAUAUAGUAGCGAGUCCCAAAGUUAUCCGUCAGCAUAUUGGCUACUGCCCCCAGUUUGAUGCUUUAUUCGACUAUCUGACUGUGAAGGAGCACCUUGAACUUUAUGCUAGGAUCAAAGGAGUGGUUGACUAUAGAAUUGAUAAUGUGGUAAUGGAAAAGUUAGUGGAGUUUGACUUGUUGAAACAUUCUCACAAGCCAUCGUUCACUCUUAGCGGCGGAAACAAGCGCAAACUAUCCGUUGCUAUUGCAAUGAUUGGAGAUCCUCCCAUUGUCAUCCUUGAUGAACCAUCUACAGGUAUGGAUCCUGUUGCCAAAAGAUUCAUGUGGGAUGUGAUAUCUCGCCUGUCGACAAGGAGUGGAAAGACAGCGGUUAUUCUGACUACUCAUAGCAUGAAUGAAGCUCAAGCGCUUUGCACUAGGAUCGGGAUCAUGGUUGGAGGCCGCCUGAGAUGCAUAGGUAGUCCACAACAUUUAAAGACGCGCUUCGGAAACCACCUUGAGUUAGAGGUCAAACCAAACGAAGUGAGCCAUGUGGACUUGGAGAAUCUUUGCCAGAUGAUUCAGCAGUGGAUGUUUAACGUUCCUUCUCAGCCUAGAAGUUUGCUUGGUGACCUCGAAGUAUGUAUCGGUGUCUCUGACUCUAUUACUCCUGAUACGGCUUCAGCAUCAGAAAUCAGUUUGUCACCAGAUAUGAUACAAAGCAUUGCCAAGUAUCUGGGUAAUGAGCAGAGAGUGAGUGCUCUAGUGCCUCCCAUGCCUGAGGAAGAUGUUGGAUUCGAUGAACAGUUAUCAGAACAGCUCUUUCGAGAUGGUGGUAUUCCGUUGCCAAUAUUUGCCGAGUGGUGGCUUACCAAAGAAAAGUUUUCAGCACUAGAUUCUUUCAUACAAUCUUCGUUUCCAGGUGCAACAUUUAAGAGCUGCAAUGGAUUGAUCAUUAAAUACCAGUUGCCAUUUGGAGAAGGAGGAUUGUCACUUGCAGAUGCCUUUGGACACCUUGAAAGAAACAGGAAUCGGUUGGGAAUAGCUGAAUACAGCAUAAGUCAGUCCACACUUGAGACCAUAUUCAACCAUUUUGCUGCUAACUCAUAACCAGUAAAACCAUUACUGCGGCUUUUGUAUAACCCAAAACACUUCAUGAGCACAGCUUAAAGAGAGAUCUGAUCACUCACCCAAAAAAUAGUUGUAAAUAUGGCACAUAUAUAAAAAACAUGAGUUCUUAACGUUCAUAUAUAUACACAAUGUUGCAAUGUACCAUGUUUUGAACACUAUCAAUACUAUGUUUUGAUCUUUGA